AUGGAGGAUAGGAUGCAAUUCGAUAUCAAUGAGUCGCUCAAGUAUUACUUGAGUGAUCCAUCCAUUCUUCCAACACCCGAAGCAGACCCGGAGCUUCUCGACUGCGAAUCCGAUCCGGAACAAUUGUCGCCAGCCUUAAUUGAUAACGUGUUGAACCCAAUCGUGGAUGCUGUCGCGGAGAACCCUGAAGGAUUAACGAGAUCCUCAUAUUUUGAUUCCCUACAAUUUUUAUUAAAGUGCGCACCGGUCCCUUCCCAACUUCCCCACGGCGGCUUUCGUCUACCUGGAACCGACUCUGAACUUGUGAACUUAUGCAGAUAUACACCCUUUCUCCCCGUGAAAUCGCUCAGCAAAGUACUCGACCUUGUUGUUUCUGGAUUAUCCAUCGAGGCGGAUAUCAUUCAUGGUGACCUGGAAUCAGACGAACAGGAUGCCAUUCAACAGCACAAACAACUUUUGGAGAUGUAUGGAUUCUUGCUCCAAUGGGCCUUGUCCGCGGUGGAGGUGAAGGCUGCGGAAAAGCCUGCUGAGUCUGCUCCAGCGCGACGAGGAGGCCCCAAAUCCAAAUCCAAAUCCACCAAGGACGGCCACUGGGACUGGACACCGCAGAUCCAGAUGUCUAUGGAGACAAUGUGCAAGGUGAUGAAACUUAAAUUAGGCCGAAUUCUCCUGACUACCUCGGAUCGCGAUACUUUUAUUAAUCUAUUCACCCGCACAAUUUACCUGGUUUUGGAAAGCGAGCAAAGAGUGAAGAGCAUGGCCAUCCGCAUGCAUGCCUUCAAGGUUCUGUGCAUCGCGGUUAAGCAUCAUGGUCAUGCAUUCGGUGCACAAACAUCUAUUGUGCAAAGUUUGACCUACUUCGAGCAUCUCUCGGAGCCCAUGGCCGAAUUUUUACAUAUUCUUGCAGAGCAAUACGACUAUCCUCAGCUUUCGGACGAGAUCUUGAAGGAACUUGGCAAUAAGGAAUUCAACUCAAAUGAUACUCGUGGCCCGAAAUCUGUCUCUUCUUUCAUCAUUAAGCUGUCCGAGCUUGCCCCGAGGUUGAUUAUUAAGCAGAUGACUCUAUUGGCGAAGCAGCUUGAUAGCGAGGCAUAUACUCUACGAUGCGCGGUCAUUGAGGUCUGCGGUAACCUCAUUUCCGAUUUGAGUCGACAAGAAGAACCCAACGAAAAUUACAAGACGCAGAUCAACGCAUUUUUUGAUGUGCUGGAAGAGAGAUUCUUGGAUAUCAAUCCCUAUUGCCGUUGCCGGGCUAUUCAGGUGUUCAUGCGAAUUUGUGACUUGGAGCAGAAAUUCCCCAAGAGACGACAACGCGCGGCUGAAUUGGCCGCACGGAGCUUGGAAGACAAAAGCAGCAACGUGCGACGCAACGCGAUCAAACUCCUGUCAAAGUUGGUAGCGACACAUCCAUUUAGUGUGCUGCACGGUGGCCAACUCUCUUUCAAGGAAUGGAAUGAACGCUUGGACGGAGUGGAUGCAGAAUUGAAUGCCUUGCGACCCCCAGAGACACCAGGAUUUGACGCCGACAUCACUCAAGGUGUUGAUGUUGACCCUGAAUUGCUAGAUGACGCGACCCAACUUCCCGAUGAAUCGCCCUCAAAGGCACCCAGAAUGACAGAAGAAGAGAAAGAAGUUGCGGUAAAAAAGGCGGCAGAGCAAGCCGCAACAUCCGAGUUGUUGACUCGGUUGCAGUUGACCCGAAAAUACUACAAUGAGGCUCUGCGCUUCAUCGAGGUUCUCCAUUCCGGGUCAGCCGUUGUCUCCCAGUUACUUUCAUCUCGCAACAAGAGCGAGGUCAUUGAAGCUAUGGACUUCUUCGUUAUGCUCGAUGCCUACAAGGUUGAGACAGCUCGCAGUGGAAUUCGUCGCAUGCUCCGCUUAAUUUGGACCAAGGGUAACAGCGACGAGGGCAAGGGUGUCCAGACCCACCUCAUUGACUGUUACAAGGGACUUUUCUUCGAUGCUCCCGACACUUUUAGUCCUAAUGAUGCUGCGAACUACAUCGCGCGUAACAUGAUCAGUUUAACUUUCGGAUCAACACCGGCAGAACUGACUUGUCUUGAACAACUACUCAGUACUAUGAUGAAGGCCGGGAAUGUCCCAGAGACAGUCAUUGCCAAACUUUGGCAGGUGUAUAGUGUUCAGAAGAAGGAGAUCUCAAAGACCCAGCGCCGUGGCUCGAUCAUUGUUCUGGGCAUGCUCGCGUUAGCCGAUCCUGAAAUUGUUGUGAAGGAAAUUGAAGCCAUGCUGCGCAUUGGUCUUGGAGGUCUGGGAAGAUCAGAUCUUGUGCUUGCCAAGUAUACUUGCAUAGCAUUACGGCGCAUGGUACCGGGGCGUCAGGCGAAGUCUAAGGAUAUCGGUAUCCCCAAACUUGCCAACGACCACUCAGUCCUGACUAAACUGGCAGCCAUACUUGAGAUUGACUCCAAUAGCAAAGAGUGGUAUGGUGUUGCGGAGCAAGCAAUCAGCGCCAUCUACACCCUUUCUAAGCAUCCGGAUGUUCUCUGCUCUGACAUUCUUCGAAGAAAGACCCAAUUUGUCUUCCAGCCCCACUCGCAACGUCCCUCUUCUUCGCAUACUUCCAUUGAAGGUGAUGACCAACGGCCUGGCACUGCAUCGACUGAUGAGCAGAGCUCUAAAGCCAAGCCUUCAUCUGCGGCCCUUUCACAGCUGCUGUAUAUCGUCGGCCACAUUGCGAUCAAGCAGAUUGUCCAUUUGGAAUUAUGUGAGCUUGACUUCAAACGCAGAAAGGCUGAGCAAGAGAAAAAUAAAACAGCCGAGGCUGCCGCACAGAAGAAGGAUGAUAAUGCUGAGGAUGAUGAACUUGAUCUCAUUGGAGGUACCACCGAAGAUGAUUUUCAAGAUGCCAUGGCUCAUAUCAGAGAACGGGAGCUUCUUUAUGGAGAGAACUCCCUGCUUGCCAAAUUUGGCCCAAUGGUUGCUGAGAUUUGUGCCAACAAUAAUACAUACUCAGACCGUGACCUGCAAGCGUCCGCAACAUUGUGUCUGGCUAAACUCAUGUGUGUCUCUUCUGAAUAUUGCGAGAAGAACCUACCGCUCCUGAUUACAAUCAUGGAGCGAUCAGAAGACCCCAUCGUACGCAGCAAUGCUGUCAUCGCUCUGGGUGAUAUGGCUGUUUCCUUCAACCAUCUUAUUGACGAGAACACGGACUUCUUGUACCGUCGUCUCAACGACGAUGAUCCCUCAGUCAAGCGCACUUGUCUUAUGACACUGACAUUCCUCAUUCUUGCCGGACAAGUCAAAGUCAAGGGCCAAUUGGGCGAGAUGGCCAAGUGCUUGGAAGAUGAUGAUAAGAAGAUUGCCGAUUUGGCUCGAAUGUUCUUCACGGAGCUUGCUACCAAGGACAAUGCCGUGUAUAACCACUUUGUGGACAUGUUCAGUUUGUUGAGCGCCGAGCGCAACCUGGAGGAAGCAUCCCUCCGACGCAUUGUCAAGUUCUUGAUUGGAUUUGUUGAGAAGGAAAAGCAUGCUCGCCAACUAGCUGACAAAUUGGCUGCUCGACUUCCCCGAUGUGAGACAGAACGACAAUGGAACGACGUCGCUUAUGCCUUGUCUCUGCUCCCACAUAAGAACGAAGAAAUCACUAAGACGGUGACUGCCGGCUUCACCAAAGUCGUCAGUGCAUCAGCUUAA